AUGUCUGAUUCGAACCAAGAACAAGCCCGUCUCGACCCUUACUCCACCAUUGCAGAGAGCAAGAAUGUCACUCUUCAGCAGAAGAUCGCAGAUUUGCACACUGUCAUAAAGACAGCAAAGAUUGGAAUGCUCGUCACCCGUGACGUAAACGGAAACCUGCAUUCCCGAGCAAUGACCCCUGCUAAACCAUUCAGCGACACGCAGCUGAACCUCGUGUUCCUCGCGAACAACGUGACUCACAAGUUCGAUGACAUCGAAAACGAUGCGCAUGUCAAUGUUAGCUUCUGUGAUUCAUCCUCCACAGACUGGGCAUCCUACUCCGGUAGAGCCAGAGUGACCGAGGAUCAGGAUCUGAUCAAUAAGCUUUGGUCCCCAAUCCUCACCGCCUACUUCGGCGACCUGAAAGAUGGUGUCCACAAGGGCGACAAGACUGACCCACGCGUCGCCGUGAUCGAGGUCGUUCCGGAUGAGAUCAAGUACUGGAUUACGAAGCACUCCUCUCCGGUGCGUUCAGCAGAAGUGGCUUAUGCCGCUGCCACAGGCAAGGCAACGGCUCCCGGAGAGUCGGGUUUCAUCAGCAAAGAAGAGGUUCAACUUGCGCAAGGACUUUAA